GUUACAACUUUCUCAACUUAAUCACAGGAAUGUAUUGUCUCACAAAAGGCAUUCCUCAACUGCUUUUGGGAAGUUUAACGACAAAAACCCUUGAUGAAUUAGUAAUGGGUCUGUCGAAUUUCCUAAGUAUCUCUGUAUCAAAACUGAUAUCACUUUGAUCAUGCCUGAGGGGAGAAUCGACUCUUGACCUGUCUAACAUACAUGUCACCCGGAGGAAUAAUUAAACGUAGUUUACGCCGUUCCCAGUAUGAGACAUAUUGAAGACGCGUCUUCACCCAAACCAAGCCUCGUAUCGGUGACCACUCAUCACAUGAACAUCGACAGGUUGUGAUAGGAUGCAUCUGGAUACAGGGUGUAGGAGACUGUUCAGUGACUUUGGCUUAUUGGUAGGAACCCUUGUGUGAGCCACUGGAGGUGUGCCGAACCUGAACCAGCAUAUGAAGAGAAAGACAAGGAGAGUCGGGUCUGCCCUCUGUAAUCAACCACUCUACUGUGACGGGAAAGCAACCACAAACACAGACGCUACGACACAAAUUUUGAGAUCAAUUUUAGAGCUAGGCACUCAACAUUAUAGUACCCGUUUUAAAGUGUGCGACUAUGGUGUGGGCCAUCUAGCACUGUCUCAAUAAUGACCAAGUGUACGCGACGACGGAGAAAGGACUGCCAGUGGUUUAAUGACAGGCGACAAGUGGUCUCGACUGAUAUUGCCGAGAGGUAAUUGUUAGGAAAAGUCUCACUUUGGGUCAAAACCUGACAAAUACAAGAAAGACUCUUGGGGAGCGUUUCCAAUCGAAAUUUGAUUACAAGCAAAUCUUAUGUCUAUAUUACGAAGCGACACUCUGGCAACAUGGCCGAGUAAUUUACACAAACACUCGGAAAGAAUAUGGCCUUCGAAUUCCAAAGGUUUCUUAAAUUGGAAAUAUUUCUUUGUUUUUGCACAUUGGAUUUCUGCGUCCGAAGACAACAAGUAGAAUUUAGUUUGAAUAUAUGUAUAUUGGAUGUAGACUUGCGGCCUGAGGCAGCGUAGCCUCACAUAUGUGAUACAUAUACAUGAGUACAAGAAAAUGCGACAAGUGUGGUUCAUCUUACUUGUGUUAAUAUUCAACGAAAUAUCGGAGUGUAAGAAGGGCAGACACAAGGGACGAAUGAAAGGAAUUCAGUGGUGGUCACUGGCGAAGCUCGGAGAACGAUCAAAUGAUUUGCGGUCAUCUGUAACAAGGUUAUACAACAACCCAAGUCUCCUGCCCCUCAACAAACGACAGCGUCGUCUUGUGACCCGCAACCCGGGGGCCAUCAUGGCUGUUGUAAAGGGGGCCAAACUCGCCAUCAAGGAAUGCCAGUACCAAUUCAGAAAUAGAAGAUGGAACUGCCCAACAUUUGCAGAUGGACAUGGUGGUUCAAUAUUUGGAAAAAUCCUCCAAAAAGGUUGUCGGGAGUCGGCCUUCAUCUACGCCGUUACCAGUGCAGCAGUGUCCCACUCCAUAGCCAGGGCGUGCUCGGAAGGAAGUGUUCACACAUGCACAUGUGAUUAUGCACACAAUAAAAUUCCAAGUGGGAAGGACUGGGAAUGGAGCGGAUGCAGUGAUAACGCAAAGUUUGGACACAAGUUUUCCAGACGGUUUGUUGACGUUAUUGAGAAGGGUUGGGAUUUCCGUUACAUGAUCAACCUACACAACAACGAAGCUGGGCGAGUGCACGUCACCUCGGGACUGAAGCAGGAAUGUAAAUGUCACGGCAUGUCGGGAAGCUGCACCAUCAAGACGUGCUGGAUGAGACUCCCUACUUUCAGGAAUGUUGGGGCCGUCCUCAAAGAUAGGUUUGAUGGAGCAACCAGAGUACUUCCAGGGAACAAAGGGCGUGGUCGUGGCCGCAAGCGAAGGAGGUUCAACUUCAAUCCAGUAAACCUAAAUCAUAAGAAACCAGGUCGACGCGAUCUUGUCUACUUUGAGAAUUCACCAUCAUUUUGCGAAAAGGAUAAUGUUAUCGGAUUUCAGGGCACGCUUGGUCGUGAGUGCAAUGCCACCUCUAUUGGAGUUGACGGUUGUGAUCUGAUGUGUUGUGGGCGUGGCCAUACGACAGAAAAGUACAUAGUUAAAGAACGCUGCAGCUGUACUUUUCACUGGUGUUGUCAUGUGAAGUGCAAGACUUGUACACGUACAAAGGUCAGACACAGCUGUCUCUAGAGCCACCCGCCUGCAUAACGCAUUAACGUACCAGUGACAGCAACGGUUCGUGAUGUCAAGAUAAUUGACAGUAUGUUCAAGAAACAUUGUUAUUAUAUCACACUUGUGUUUUAACACCCUUUCUGAAGUGCCAUGCCGUAUGUUUCUUUUGUACAUAAUAUUGACUUCCAUGUGGAUUUCCAUCUGAAGUGUUCCCAGGAUACGAACAGUCUGCUGUAUGUUCUACGCCAUGACCAUGUAUGUCUUGGGCGAACUUCCAUGUUCUCAUGUAAACGUAUUCACUAUGGGUUGUUCAGUACAUUGCUUGGCUGAAUUGUAUCCUAGGUUUAGUGCUGAGUGGAUACAUGAUCUAGAACAGUUUAAAUGUAUUCAGAACAAUACACAUACGCACAACGUUGUUGCCAUGUCAAGUGUAUGGAAUAAUUAACUACUAAAAGUUUUGUGAAUCAGCAAUAUAAUCACUGAUAUCAAUUGUUCAACAACCUGAAAUGCAGCAGUCCUGACACUGAGACGUGUGGUCCAUUGCCUUAAAUACUGUACUACAUGUAUUACUAUGCAAGUGGUUCAACUGAGUGAAUUACACCUGUUCAAAUCCUGAUGCAGCGUGUGUUGGUGUUGUCCAGUAGUAGGAAGAUACAUGACCCCAUAUUCAUGUGUCUGUCGUAUGUUUUACUUACAUGAUCCAACAUAUUAAUCGAACUAAUGUACAAACGUUCGAGUUAGAUGUAAAUCAUAUUGACUCAAAAGAAUAAAUUAUGUUUGAAUAA